CCUGCCCCAGCUCUGCCCCAAUUUGUGUGGCCGUGCUGGGGACCCCCCGAGGGAGCCCCCCGACUGGAGGCAGGGCCCAGGCACUGUCUGAGGGGCACAGACACUCCGGGGCAGGACCCUGCGUCUAGGGAGUGGGGUGAUGGGGCCGAGGACGGGCAGAAGUCAGGGUUCCCGGGACCCGGCUCCCGGCGGAAGUGACCACACAGCCCUGCCGGGUCUCGGCACCGGAGCCACCAGCUGCCGCGGGCUUUGUUAGGGCUGGGACACGGACCCUCUGGGAUCGCUGCCCCCGCUGGGCACCUGGUCCUGCCAGGCCUCCCUCACCCAGGUGCCAGGGCCAGCAUGAUGCCACCUGCCCAGCCCGGUGCCAGGGGGGCUCUAGGAAUUUUCCGUUCCUGCCUGGAGCUUGGGGGGAGGGUGUCUGUCUGCACCAGCCCCCGCCCCUCGCCUCGCCCGUCACUGGAGCAGCUCAGGAGGCGCUUGCCAAGCUCGGCUCGCGCAGGGCGCUGGAUACUGGGAGCUGCACGACAGGCUCCGGAGAGAGGAACCUCCCUGGAGGGAAACUAGGGCAGGCCGUGGGGCCGGGUGCCUCCGGGGCAGAGCCAGGGCAGGCCGCGGGACCGGGCACCUCCCAGGGCAAACCGACCCCUGGCUGAAGCCUGAGGACACCAGGCCCAGCCGGUGGCGAUGCUCCGGCCCCAUUCCUGCUGCCCCAGGGGGGCGCCCCUGGCUCCAGCCCCGGGCGGCUCCUUCGCCCAGAUCACCGCCCGGUUCCUGCGCGUCACCAAGAUCCACGGCCUACACCACAUGGGCUCCUGCCGGCAGUCGCGCCCGCGGUGCCUGCUCUGGGGCCUGGCCUUCCUGCUCUCGCUUGGCCUCCUGGGCACCUGGUCCAGCAACCGCGUGCGCUACCUGCUGUCCUGCCCCGUGCACAGCCGGGUGCGCAUGGCGUGGGCGGCGCGGCUGCGCUUCCCGGCCGUCACCCUCUGCAACAACAACCCCGUGCGCUUCCUGCAGCUCACCAAGCCCGACCUGUACUCGGCCGGGCAGUGGCUGGGCCUGGCCGGGGAGAACCGCUCCCUGCUGCCCGGGCUGCUGGAGGGGCUGCCCGACACCCAGCGCCGCUGGCUCAGCCGCCUCGCCAACUACUCGCGCUUCCUCCCGCCACGCCGCUCUGAGCGCACCAUGCACAGCCUCUUCCACCGCCUGGGCCACCAGAUCGAGGACAUGCUGCUGGCCUGCCGCUUCCGGGGGGAGCCCUGCGGCCCCCAGCACUUCACGCCUGUCUACACCCGCUACGGCAAGUGCUACACCUUCAACGCCGACCGGAGGAGCCCGCGCGUCACCCGCCAGGGCGGGAUAGGCAACGGGCUGGAGCUGAUGCUGGACAUCCAGCAGGAGGAAUAUCUGCCCAUCUGGAGAGAGACCAAUGAGACGUCGUUCGAGGCCGGGAUCCGGGUGCAGGUCCACAGCCAGGACGAGCCGCCCUACAUCCACCAGCUGGGCUUCGGGGUCUCCCCCGGCUUCCAUACCUUCGUGUCCUGCCAGGAGCAGAGGCUCACCUACCUGCCCCAGCCCUGGGGGAACUGCCGGGCCAGCGUGCCCGGGGAGCAGAUCCUGCCGGGCUACGAGGGCUACAGCAUCGCCGCCUGCCGCCUGCAGUGCGAGAAGGAGGCUGUGGUGAGCAGCUGCCAGUGCCGCAUGGUGCACAUGCCAGGGAACGAGUCCAUCUGCUCGCCCAACGUCUACAUUGAAUGCGCUGACCGGACGCUCGAUGCAGCGGUGGAGGACUCCCAGGAGCGCUGCAGCUGCCCCACGCCCUGCAACCUGACGCGCUACAGCAAGGAGAUCUCCAUGGUGCGCAUCCCCAACAAGGGCUCGGCCCGCUACCUCGCCCGCAAGUACCACCGCAACGAGACCUACAUCCGAGAGAACUUCCUGGUGCUGGACAUUUUCUUCGAGGCGCUGAACUACGAGGCCAUCGAGCAGAAGAAGGCCUACGAGCUGGCGGGGCUGCUGGGGGACAUCGGGGGGCAGAUGGGGCUGUUCAUCGGCGCCAGUAUCCUGACCAUCCUGGAGAUCCUGGACUAUAUCUAUGAGGUGAUCCGGGACAAGGUGAGCCGGGUUCUGGGCCGCUCCAAGCCGCCCCUGAGGAAGCCAUCGGGCAGCAUCGCCACGCUGGGGCUGGAGGAGCUCAAGGAUCAGAGCCCCUGCGGGACGCUGGGCCGACACGCCGAGGGCGCCUACAGCACCAGCAUCCUUCCCAACCACCGCCACCGCUACGCCCACCAGGGCGUCUUCGAGGACUUCGCCUGCUAGGCCGGGCUCAGCACUACGGGCGCGACGGGCCCCAUGACCCCACAGUCUGCACGGAGAGCGGGGCCAGCGCCUGGCACGACGGGCACCGGGCCCCUCCCCUCCCCAGCCGCCCCCCCAGCCCGUCAGCCACGCCUGGCGCCUCCCGGAGAGGCAGUAGAUGCUUUGGACCCCACACCCCUGCCCGCUCGCCUCCCCCGCCCGGACCCAGGACUGGCCCAGCACGGCAGCCCCACAUCCAGCCAGCGCCAGGGUCGGCCCAGCACGAAGCACACGGCGCAGAGCCGAGCCGUGCGGCCCUGCCCCGGGGAGCAGCCAGACUGGACAGACGCGGCACCGGCCGGAAAACAGCCCGGCCCGAGAUCGGGCCCAGUACGGGGACUGGGGGACGUGGGGGGGGGCAGGGACCACGUGUAAAUGCUGCAUUUGGCUGUGGAGGUGAACCCUCCCCCCAGUGUGGGUGAACACCCCCUCCCCAUACACACCCCCGGGGGGGGGCUGCAGCCCAGUCGCUCCCAUCCUGUGGGGAAGGGGCCUCGCCCAGAACAGCCUCGGGCCGCCCUAGAGCCUCCCCCGCAGCAAGCACCCCCCUGACCCGGCUGCACCAGCCAGCUGCAUAAUCCCCCCUGCGCCCCCCUGCCCCCAAACUACCCCCACGCAUGCCCCGUCCUGCACCCCACCCAGGUGCAGCCCCCCUCCCCGAGCUCCCCACACCUCCACUCCGGUGCAGCCCCACCCACGCACAGACCCCACUUCUGCCCCCUCCAGUGCAUCCCGGCCCCCCAUCUUCAUUCUUUGUAGCCCCCCGGGGAUCAGUGUGUCCUGCCCAGCCCCUCUGCACCCGCCCCCACCACUGCUUCCAUGUAACACUCGUCUCCUGGGCCUGUGGCCACCCCGGGCCGCCUGGCUCCUGCAGGGCCCACCGGGGUGUGGGGGGAGUCAGGGUCCGGUCCCAUCAGAGGCUCUGACGCUGUCUGGGAACGGGGCCCAAAACACCUUGAGCCCGGGGGGGGGGAGGGGAGAAGGGGGACAGCUGGGUCUCAGGCCCUGCUCAGGUACCCGUAGUGGGGGGGCCGGAGGGCCGAGCCUGACCUACUUCCCCUUUGCACUUCGCUGGGCACUGCCACCGCCUGUGGGCACCGCCCCCCCCCAGAGCACCCCACAGCCCCUCCCAGCCCCUGCCCCCCAUCCCCAUCCCUGGGUGCUGAGUGCUGCUGCCCCCACCCCCCACUGUGUGUUUGUGCCCCAAGCCCAGCGUCCCCCCCCCAUCGCAGCAACCGGCAGAGCCCAGGCUGACGGGCCUGAGCUCAGAUCUCCGCACUGCCAGCCGCUGCCUGUGUCACCCGACAAACCCCCACCCCAGGGCGCUCCCACUGCCUGCACCAGCCGGGCCCUGGGGUGCUGCUGGGUGGGUGGGGUGGGCAGGGCACAGCCCCUCGGGGGCACCAGGUGUGAGGGGGCAGCACCCAGCCCUGAGGGGUCACUGCAGCAGCAGGGUCCUGGCCGGGGGGGGGGGCAGCGCCUUGCGCUGUAGUUACAGUUUCUGCUCCUGGGGUAACGGGCCAGCAGCAGGACGUGGCUGGGGUCUGAGGGGGGUGUCGCCGUGUGAGCAUUGGGCAAGGGAGGGACGCCCCCUUCCUACCCCUGCAGGGGCUCUUAGCCCUUCAGCACCUUCGCGUUCAGCCCCAGGCCCAGCCUGUGUUCCCUUCCCCACCCCCAGCUGCAGGGAGUGGGGAGGGGAGGGGCGGUGAUGGGGGAAGGGCCCCCCCUUGAGCAGACUCUUGACCCCCUCCCCAUGAGACCAGGGCUCAGAACAGGCCACAGGCUGGGCACAGACUGAGCUCCUGGGAGCGUCCCGACUGCCUCAGGCCGCGUCCCAGCAUCUGCACGGCCACGCGCUCCCCAGGGGCCUGGACAGACAGACGCACACGGCCAUGGGCUCCCUGGGUGGCUGGACAGACAGACGCACACGGCCAUUGGCUCCCUGGGGGCCUGGACAGACAGACGCGUAUGGCCACAUGCUCCCUGGGGGGCUGGACAGACAGACGCGCAUGGCCAUGCGCUCCCCGGGGGGCUGGACAGACAGACACGGGGCAACAGGCGCCCCAGGACGCACACACACAGUGCUGUGCACCCGGCUGUGCGAGGGUCACACUGACAGACCUGCACGAGGCCUGGAUUCGUGGGCCCACAGUGCCAUGAACCUGCGUACAGCCCAAUCCUGGGGCUCAGGGAAUGCACCCCCGGGCGCCCUGGGAAUGGCCUCUCAGGAGUGCCCCCAAGGGGGUGCGCACUCAGACACAGCCACGUGCCCAUGUGGGCACCCGGCCAGCCCACGCCCCAGGGCCCUGCAGCCGCAGGCUGCCUGUGUUGUGCUCCUGGCUGCACCCAGCGCUCGCAUGAUUGGCUGUGUCAGAGCUGAGCUGGGCACAGGCCUGGCAAGGGGGUGUCUGGGUGCAGGGGGACAGACCCCCACCAUGGGAACAACAAGCUGGCAAGCAGGACAGGAGGCUGAGCUCCCUCAUGCUACAGCCCCGGUGUGUGCCCGGCCACAUGUCCCUGCCACUCACACAGUCACGCGGUCCCUGGGGGACAGACAGACAGACGCCAACAGGCAUGCAGCCCCUGGGGGACAGACAGACAGAGAGACGCAUGCUGUCACUGGGGCGGAUGGACAGACAGAUGCACACAACCCUGGUGCCCGUGAGGGGCGAGGUCCCAGGGGAGGGGCGCAGUCACCCCAUUGUUCUGCUGAAUGUCAGAGACGCGAGUCCCGUUUUAUAAAGGUACAAACUGCUCCGUAAUAAAGAGGCACAAGUAGACCCCGA